AUGCCGUCAUUUCAAAACCUCCCACCAGAAGUCACCAUCGCAAUUCUCAAAUAUCUCAACCCAUUCGACCUAUUGUCCGUCCUCCAGACUUUCAACAAAGCACUAUACAGCGCGGCAGAAGUAGCAUUCAGGCCUUAUAAAGAAUGGACUCGCAACGCGCAACAAAUGGUAGCCUUGUUUCCUCCGCGAAGCAUCCAUAGCACCCGUCGCCUCUGCCCUUCAUAUCCAUCUCACAUCCCGCCCUUGGAUCAUGAUAAUGUUUCAAUGAGCGAAGAAAUUCCAAGGAGGGAUUACGAGUCCCUAUCACUGGAGCUUGGAGCUGGACCCUAUAUUCGAUGCUCCCCGCCCGAUCUGAUAACCUGGAUGAAGCUCGAUGGCUCAUUCGAGUGGCUCGAACCUUUGGAUGAGGAUAUGGCGGAUGAGAUGCUGCCGCAUAACGGAAUUGAAGGCGAUCGGCCUGUAGCGCCAAAGGCGGAUGUCGAUGCUCUGGUCAAGCAAGUCAGCGAUUUGGGCCUUGUCCUUCCCACAGGAUUUGAGGCAUUUAUGCGAAGCGACAGGCUUCAUCAACGAAUCCCGAGCGCUUCGGCCUGGUACUUCCGGCUGUCGAAGCUGAUCAAAUGCCCGGCCGCCAUCGAUGACGAUCAGGGAGGUUACUUGAUCCGCUUUCAUUUCGAUCAGCAGUCUUGCGCCUUUGCGUAUUUGUAUCUGAGCAAGUCCGGAUGUCAUUGUGUUUUGGUGUCCACGGUUAACGUGCCCAUGUGCCUCAAUGAGGAUGACGAAAUCAACGGAGAGCAAUUGGAUGGAGACAAUGAGGGAGAAGAUAUCGAUGAAGAAAGCAUCGACACCAGCGAGCUUACAAAGGAAUAUUUCUCCCUGGCCGGACUUUCAUUCGAGGAGUAUCUCGUAACGGUCUACUUUGAGGGACUACUCAGUUUCCAGGCUGAGUCUUUUGAGGGGCUCGAAGAUUUUGUCAAGCAUGUCUACCGUUCUCCUAGAGAGGUUGAACAUCUACGCGAAACAAACGAAGCUAUCAAGGUGUUCCUCGAUGCGCAGAAGUGGAAGGGAGUAAAGCAUUACAGGCAACUUAUCAGCGAUUAA